UAAGAAAUCCCUCAGGCCUUAUCGCUAGUGUUAAUAGAACAAGUUACACCUUGCGGUACAAUGUGGAGCGUAGCUUCCUUUUAUGGCCACCAUGUUAUAAUAACUUUGAUUGUCGAGCGGACAACGGUUGAGACCUAGCGCUCAUCUUAUUUCUUCCUCCUGGUCCUAAACCCCAUCGACAGUAACUUUUCGACAAAGUCCCUGUCUUCCGACUAGGAUCCUCCAGUCAUUCAUUUUAGUCUCUAAAUCCCUCUCUUUCAAUUUCAACACUCGUUUUGUGCGACUAACAAUCGAAUUUGUUUAGCCACGUAGAUUAUCGCCUCUUCGCGUCCGCAAAAUAUUAUAGCACAACAUGGCAUAUCGCCAGCAAGAUCCCUACUACGAUUCUGCACACAGUACACCAAUUAACCCAGGUUUUCCCCCUCCGGCGUCUACUAUUCUCAACCAACAAUACCCUGCUUAUGAUAACCAAUGGGACGAGAGACCAGGGUCUGCCAAAUCCGUCCAGAGUAGCCAAUUCCAUGGUUCUCAGGUGCACCUCAAUCCCCAGUACGAGAUGAGCCAGGUUCACAUCCACACUCCCCCCGUCCCCUCAAUGCCGUACCAUGCAUACCAGCCAGACUACCCUCCCGUCCCCGGACGCCCUGGCCCACUCAGAGAAAUGAAUACAGGAUACUCUGUAGCCAGGGAGAAACUCAUGAAACGUCGCUCUGUCCGCCAUGUCGAGCUUCAGAACGGUAAUUUGGUUCUCGAUGUUGCAGUCCCUACCCAUAUCGUGCCAAAGGGUAUGAGCAGCGCUGAGGAAAUGACCAAAAUGCGAUACACCGCCGCUACAUGCGAUCCCGACGAAUUCAUGCGCAGGAAAUAUUCCCUCAGGCCGUAUCUCUACAGUCGCCAUACUGAGCUUUUCAUCGUUAUGACCAUGUAUAAUGAAGACGAAGUUCUUUUUGUAAAGACUAUGAAUGCCGUUAUCAAGAAUAUUGCCCACCUCUGUGGUCGGACGAGAUCGAGAACAUGGGGCCCUGAGGGGUGGAAGAAGGUCGUUGUAUGUGUCGUCUCAGAUGGGCGCAGCAAAGUCAACAAGCGGACGCUUCAAGUUCUCACUCUUAUGGGUUGUUACCAAGAGGGUAUCGCAAAGGACUCAGUGGCAGGAAAGGAUGUGACCGCUCACAUCUUCGAAUAUACUUCAAAUGUAGUCGUUACGGAGACUGGGGAGGUGUCUACUGGGAACUGCCCAGUUCAGAUCAUCUUCUGCUUGAAAGAGCAGAACAAGAAGAAGCUCAACAGCCACCGCUGGUUCUUUAAUGCUUUCGGUCCAUUGAUCAAUCCAAAUGUCUGUGUUCUCCUGGACGUUGGUACCAAGCCCACCAGCACGUCAAUCUACGAGUUGUGGAAAUGCUUCGAUAAACAUUCUAAUGUUGGAGGAGCCUGUGGAGAGAUUUGUGUUGACACCGGCAGAGCUUGUUCACUGCUCCUGACGAGUCCUCUAGCUGCUUCUCAGAACUUCGAGUAUAAAAUGUCUAAUAUCCUCGACAAACCUCUCGAGAGUGUAUUCGGUUAUAUUAGCGUGCUUCCUGGUGCAUUCAGCGCCUACAGAUACAGGGCCCUCCUGAACGGUCCUGAUGGCAAAGGUCCCCUUGCCUCGUAUUUCAAGGGAGAGGCUAUGCAUGGAGGGGGUAGUGACGGUGCUGGGCUCUUUGAGCGAAACAUGUACUUGGCCGAGGAUCGUAUUCUGUGCUUCGAAAUUGUCACCAAGAAACGGGAAGCCUGGAUUCUCAGAUACGUCAAGAGUGCCAAGGCUGCUACUGAUGUCCCCACAACUGUUCCCGAAUUCAUCUCUCAGCGUCGUCGAUGGUUGAACGGGUCCCUCUUCGCUUCUUUCCAUUCGACGAUCUUCUUCUAUAGGAUCUGGACAUCUGGGCAAAAUCCCAUUCGUAUGCUUGUACUCCAGAUCGAGUUCAUUUACAAUGCAGUCCAGCUCAUAUUCACGUGGACGUCACUGGCGAACUUUUUCCUGGCUUUCUUCUUUUUGGUUUCAUCGGCAACUACGACUACAGAUGGUGCCUUCAACUUCCUGAGCCAAGGGGCGGGACAAGAUGUUUUCCAGAUUUUCCUGAAGCUCUACAUCGCCAUCCUGUUUGUCGUCAUCGUCUGUUCGCUAGGAAACCGACCACAGGGCUCCAAAUGGAUCUAUUCGCUCUGCAUGGUACUUUUCGGUAUUUGUAAUGUUAUCACACUUUGGUGCGCCGGAUGGACGGUGUACCUUGCUGUACCCCAUUCCGUCGCUGGAUGGAAGGACUUCCCUCAUCUCGUCGCUACGAACCAAGCCUUCCGGGAGAUCGUCAUCUCGCUCGCUGCUACGUAUGGCUUGUACUUCUUCUCGUCGUUCAUGCACUUGGAGCCAUGGCACAUGUUCACUUCGUUCAUCCAAUACAUGUUCCUGCUCCCGAGUUAUGUUAAUAUUCUGAUGAUGUAUGCCAUGUGUAACUUGCACGAUGUCACUUGGGGAACCAAGGGAGACAAUGGCUCUACGAAGGAUCUCGGCGGGGCCAAGAAGGUCAAAGGCCAGAAUGGCAAGGACAUGAUGGAAGUCGAGAUCCCCACCGCCCGUGAAGACGUUGACCGCAUGUGGGCAGCUUCCCGCUCAGCACUCAAGGUCAAAGCUCCAGAAGAAAAAUCUCACCGUGAUGCUGCUACAAAGCAAGCCGACCAUGACCGGAACAGCCGUACUAAUGUUGUACUUGCGUGGGUGGGGACGAACAUGCUGAUGGUUGUGGCAUUCACUUCGCAAGCGUUCUUGAAUUGGGUGAACACCCAUAUUGCGACAUCCCAGGGCUCGAAUUUCAAUCCUUAUUUGAGUUUCCUGUUUAUCGCGCUUGCUGCCCUAUCAGGAGUCCGAUUCAUAGGAUCCCUACUCUAUCUCAUCUUCCGAUUAUUCGGACACUGAGAUAUUUCUUGAAUACCCAUAGAAUGUACUUUUCUCAAGAGUCGAUCUCUUCUUCGGCGCCAUUCCUUUUGGCAGUAACCUUUUAGUCAUGGUCCUUUGUUGAUGGCUGUAAUUUUGUGUGUGUAAUUUUAUUACUUGAUCAGUCAAAGUUUCUUCAUGAUUUUGUCCCGGACCUUGGGCCGUGCUGUGCUGUAGUUUCAUGGUCACGAGGAGAUGUGGCGCAGGGCGAUAUCAAGAUAUACACUUAUGCAUAUGUCGGGUGUUGAAUAUACUCUACCUACAAAGAGACAACAGCCAUGAUUUAUCUUUAGUAAGCGCCCAUGCACAGCUAUUGCGUCUGCUCGA